AUAUGACAACGUUUUGAAGCUACUCUUCACAUUAGGGAAAAGGAAAAAAUCUUUGAAUUCCCGAUCGAAGAGACUUGAGCUAGCAAGUGAUUCAAUCAUUAUUCAGACAGAUAUGGCUAAGCAAGAGGAUCAGAAAAACCAUCUCUUCGGCAUCAAUGAUCUCUCUCAUAAGACCCUUCUUCAGAGCGAUGCACUCCAUCAAGUCCGAUCCAUUCAACAAACUAUUGCAUAUCUCUCUCACACAACAUAAACAAUAUUUUCCUUUCCAUGUCUCACGUUCGCUAAUACUUGUUCUAAUAUUGCAGUAUAUACUUGAAACGAGUGUGUAUCCAAGAGAGCACGAGUGCUUGAAGGAGCUCCGCGAGAUGACAGAAAAACACCCUCGGAACCGCAUGGCUACACCACCCGACGAAGGACAACUUCUGAGUAUGCUUCUUAAGCUCACGAAUGCCAAGAACACAUUGGAAAUUGGUGUAUACACUGGUUACUCUCUGCUCUCCACUGCCCUGGCUCUUCCCCAUGAUGGAAAGAUCUUGGCUUUGGAUGUGAACCGCGAAUAUUAUGAGCUAGGAUUGCCCAUGAUUCAAAAAGCUGGAGUGGCUCACAAGAUCGACUUCAGAGAAGGACCUGCUCUUCCUCUUCUUGAUGAGUUGCUUAAAGAUGAAAAUAACAAGGGAGCGUUUGAUUUUGUUUUCGUGGAUGCUGAUAAGGACAACUACUUGAACUAUCACAAGAGGGUAAUUGAGCUUGUGAAGAUUGGAGGUGUGAUCGGAUACGAUAACACUCUAUGGGGUGGAUCUGUGGCGGCGCCACCUGAUGCGCCGAUGAUGGAUUACAUUAAGCCUUUACGAGGUCACGUAAUAGAGCUCAACAAGUAUCUGGCUCAAGAUUCCAGGAUUGAGAUUUGCCAGUUACCGGUGGGUGAUGGGAUUACCCUAUGCCGCCGCAUCAUCUGAUUAUUUCCGCAUCGUCUUUGAUUCUUCAUGAAGGGUUACCUACAUAAUCAGGUUGCGUGAUGGGAGAAAUAUAUACUAUAUAGAUCAAAUUCUCAAGAUGUUCUACCAUGUUUUUUAUUAUUAUUUAUUUAAAUUCUACCAUGUUUUUUAUUUAUUUAUUUAAAUUCUACCAUGUUUUGAUCUUUUUGUUUUUCUUGUCACGUUGGAGAAUUUUCCUGAAAGGAUGGAUAUAUCUUAUC